GUGAAGACGCCGACAUGUUCGGUGUGAACAAUUCGAUUCGCUCGAAUUUCAGGCGAGCAGCGCCUAGCCAUGGGCUUCUGCUUUAUGGAGAGAGGCCUCAAGGACCGACUCGUUCGCACGGUCGAAUCCAGCCGGGACUACAUUCGGAAGCGCGAGCCGAUCGUGAUCCAGGAGCCGAUAGCCGACGGCCCGCUGCUGUCCGUGCGGAACGUGCGCGUCUACGGCGUGCACAGCGUGGGCAUCGAGGGUGCCUCGAUGCGAUGCAACAGCAGCUUCCUCGAGCUGGAGGCGCACCUCGUCUUCCAGAGACUGGAGGUCCUCUUCGACUUCACGGCGUCCAACGGCGUUUCUCUGGCGGGCGACUUGUACCUGGUGGCCGAGCCUUGCGAAUUCGAGGCCACCGUGCUGUUGCCAGCCGAGAAAGGAUCGCGCGUGCUGCUUACUUCACUGCGCGUGCGCGAGCUUCGAGUCUCCGGCCUGAACGUGAGCGGGCCGCUGUCGCUGGCCUUGGCGGACGCGGGCAGCCCGAGCGGCCUGUUCACGGUGCGACCGGACCACAAGUUCUUCACGCGCGCAUUGGUUGGCUUCGUUCAGAGGUGCUUGGACCGAGUCGAGUGGAAGGUGUAACAAAACUUUGAGAUAAUUUGUUUUGUUCGUGUGUCGGGUAUUUUUUUAAAUUAUUAUUGGAGAGGACAUAAAAGUUUGGUUGCCUUCCUAA